CACUCCAACUAUCGGAUAAAUCCCUUUCUCCGGCCGUCGCUCGGCGACACUAUAUAUUUCUGUCGUCGACCAACUAUUUUGCGAAAUUGCCGAGAGAAGCGUCCCAACAGAGGCAUCAAAAGAUGGGUAAGAAAGGAUCAAACAAGAAAGCAGUUAAUUUAACUUCAGGGUCACAGAGUUCAGUAACGCUGAGAGAAGAGUCGAGUGGGAAGAAACAAACCAACGUCAAUGUCAAGUCCAUGCUGAAAUUAGAGCAUAUAAAGAACAUCGCGGUUUGGGCCAGCGGUGAAGCCACCAUACCAUCAUUGGGUGCCUUCUUUGGGCACCGUUUUGCUGCCUGUGCUGAGGCCUUGGGUACACCCCCUGAUCCGUCGUUGUUUCCUUGCCAGAGAUGUGAAUCUAUUCUUCAGCCAGGUGAUAAUUGUACAGUUCGAAUUGAAAAGAACCAAAAAAGGGCCCAACACAGACGCAAGAAACCUUGUACGCCCACGCAGAACAAUGUGGUUUACAAGUGCCACUUCUGUUCACAUCGCAAUAUCAAGAGAGGGACCCCAAGAGGCCAUAUGAAAGAGAUAUACCCCGGCAAGGCAAAACCACCUUCAAAAUCAGAACCUGCUAACUGCACAGUUCACAAACCUACCAGCACGGAGACAACUACUACUGGCAAUGUUGAGGUUAAUAAGAUGGAUGAGGUUACUUUACCGGAACUGGAAGUAGCCAUUGACGGUUCUGCCUCAAAAACUCCGGCAACUCCAUCGGUGAGAACGGGUCUGUCUUUGUUGGAUGCAAAGAUGAGAAAGAGGAAUAGGUCAGGAUCUAAGAAAGCAGCUGAAUCUGAAAGCAGUCCUGUCACAAGAGAUGUAGAAAAAGCUUCCAGUGCAUCCAACAAACGGAAGAGAAAACCUUGGACUAGUCUUAAGGAAAUUGCUGAGAGCAGUGACCAAAGUAACAACCGCGAUUUCACCAACUUAACGGUCACAUUCUUAAUAUGAGUGGGGCCUUUGCUUAGGCCUUUUUCUUCGGGGCUUAGAAGGAAUGGCCUUCUAGGCCCUGCGUGUCAGGGGGAGCUGCCUAGGUUUGUCCGAUUUUCUACAGGACAGUUUUUUUUUUUUUUUCCCUAUGAUAUAUUUGAUUAUUUGUGUAUUGACCGUAAUACUAACUUAAGCAUGUUGAGGAAGACUUCUAACCUUUUUCAUAUCUUGUGGACGAGUCGAUAUCCA